CACAAUGAAACUCAUCAUUUUAGAGAAUUAUUCUCAAGCCAGUGAAUGGGCUGCAAAAUACAUUAGGAAUCGAAUCAUCCAGUUUAACCCUGGUCCAAGCAAAUACUUCACUCUUGGACUUCCCACUGGAAGUACUCCACUAGGGUGCUACAAAAAGCUAAUAGAAUAUUUCAAGAAUGGAGACCUCUCUUUCAAAUAUGUGAAAACCUUCAAUAUGGAUGAAUAUGUAGGUCUUCCAAGGGAUCACCCAGAAAGCUACCAUUCCUUUAUGUGGAACAAUUUUUUCAAGCACAUUGACAUCUCCUCUGAAAACACUCACAUUUUGGAUGGAAAUGUAGCUGACCUGCAAGCAGAGUGUGAGGCUUUUGAAGAAAAAAUCAAGGCAGCUGGAGGAAUUGAACUCUUUGUUGGAGGUAUUGGUCCAGAUGGUCAUAUUGCCUUCAAUGAGCCUGGCUCAAGUUUGGUAUCCAGAACCAGAGUGAAGACCUUGGCUAUGGACACUAUAUUAGCUAAUGCUAGAUUCUUUGAUGGAGACCUCUCCAAGGUGCCCACAAUGGCUCUCACAGUUGGUGUGGGUACAGUCAUGGAUGCCCGAGAGGUUAUGAUUCUGAUCACGGGAGCUCAUAAAGCAUUUGCUUUGUACAAAGCUAUUGAGGAAGGAGUGAACCACAUGUGGACAGUCUCUGCUUUUCAACAGCAUCCCCGUACGGUUUUCGUAUGUGAUGAGGAUGCCACUCUGGAACUUAAAGUAAAAACAGUGAAAUAUUUUCAAGGUUUGAUGCUUGUUCAUAACAAGUUGGUGGAUCCCUUAUACAGUAUAAAAGAAGUGGGAGCAGAAAGAAGCCAGUCCAAGAAACCAUACAGCGACUAAUCUCUUAAGUCUCCGGAAGCAGAACCUUGUGUUGGAAAUUUCCACCACCACUUCUUACAAGUCUACAAGAACAUGCACAUUUUCCCCUCCAUUGUUGG